ACAAUACAGUCAGUUCCUUCUUCCAAUCUCAAAACCACUGUACAGUGGGCUCCUUACCUAGCUCAAACAAAUUCAGAGCCCUUGUCCUCUCAUCUUCAGUGCUCCUCCAUCAGACUUUAGAAGCCAUCCCUUAUUAUAGGUGGAGCUGGUAGUGCUGCCUGUAAAGGUUGCCCAAUAGUUCUCACUAUAAGCCCCUGUUUUAUUUGCUUAUACAUUGCCAGAGUUUAACAGCUGGGAUGAAAUUUUCCAUACUGGGUGUCUGCCUCAAGCUGAUCCUUUUUUUUUUUUUUUUUUUAAUUUGGGGUGGGGGGGAUUUCAGCCCAAAGCAGUUCAGCUGUUUUUGAGAACAAGGCUAGGGGGAAAGGUUGUGUUGAUCAAAAUAAUUCUGGUGACUUUCUUUGAAAAGCUCAAGUGCCACCAUGCUUUGGUGCAGGGACUUGAAAUUUGGCCGGGGGUCAACUUUUGUGUCAGGGAUGUGCCUUUUGCUCUUCCUGUGAAAAUCUGCCUGAGUUUGGCUAAGUUAUAAGGCUUAGAAAAGUUAUAGUUCACAUAUGCUCAGUAGAGACCUGCUAGAGCUUCGCAGUUUGAUUUCCCCAAAGAUUCCAUCUGCAUGCUGCAGCCUGGGAGUAAACAGGACUGUCCCUGCAAUCAUAGUUCCCAGCUGCUCGUGCUUGUCUGGGUUCGAGCACCAGAACUGAGAGUAGGGGGCCUGCCUGUCCUGUGCUCUCAGUGCCCCACCCUGCUGGCCCCGGGCAGCAUGGAGGAGGAAACUGCCUGAAUCAAAUGCAGAGGGGACAAGAGGUUGUGGGUGUAGAUUGUGACAAAGAACUGGGUGGGAGUGAUGGAGGUGAGAGGAAACUGGGAUUGGGAGUUGGGUGGCAAACCGGGUUGGGCAAGGGGACUGGGAGGCGGGGGAGGGGCGAGUGAGAUCAGACGAGGAAGAGGGGGUGUGAUAGGGACUGGGACACUGGGGACAGGAAACGUGUGUCUGGAGGUGACUAGAAGCUGAUAUGGGAGAGAUCAAAUGAGGAACGAGGAAGGGAGGAAUUGUGACUGUCUGGGCAAGAAGAUCAGUACUGGAGUUGGGUGUGAGGAGAGGGGACUGGGACAAGACGUCCAGAGUGGGAGAUUAGUACCGGCUGGACAAGGAAACUGGCAGAGGGAUGAGAGGUCUGAGGAGUGAAGACGGAUUGGCUAGGUGAGGAGAAUCGAUCUGUAACAAAAGAACCAGGGAGGAGCCUGAGCCAUAACUUAGAUAAAGACAGGUGGGAGGGGACACAAUAGAAAGUGUCCCAUGUGGAAGAAUGGGCAAAAGUGUCUGUGUCCACCAGAGAACACACCCUUCCAGAACCUGCAGUGGAACUCAAAAUUUCUGAGUCUCACUAUUCCUCUGCUGCCCGUGUGUUUCACACACAUUUGCUGACAGUGCCCCGUCCUUGUCUAGUGCUGAUCUACCUAGAGGAUGACAACCUAGUACUGCUAUCUUUUAUCCCAUUAGGUGAAGUGGCAGAAGUCUGUGUUGUGGAUCUAAUGGUUCCAACCUUGCUGAUGAACAAAGUGGAUGUUAAUAUGAUGCCCGAUGAUGGAAUUUGUGUUUUCAUUUUGCUUUUUUAAAAACUAGGAAAUUGCACACACAUAAGAGUUAAAAGAAUAGUAAGGUUGCAAAGUCAAGCACUCAGAAGUUAGGAAAUGCUAGAAUGAAGGUUGCCUGUGCAAUCUUAAUCUAUCCCUUAUGAUUGAAUUAAGAUUGCACAGAACUAUUAUGAUGCAGUCUUUAAUUACAUGAUCAGCACAUUUUUUUUUUUCAGAGGCCCCCUACCUUAUUCAGUGCUCAGGACAGGAAGGACCUGCUCUGGGGUUGAAUUAGCAGUAUGUAGUGAAAGAGGCUGUUUCUGUAGGACCUGUUUCAUUUUUUGAAGAUGUGCAAUGAAUGAGGCUGAGGAUUGCAGGAAGAGAAAGUAAGGGCUCGUAGUAAAGGCAGUUGAAUGCUGCCCAUGAGAAUUAUAUUCUAUCCCUGUCUCUGUUAGAGCUCCUGUGUGAUGCUGGACAAGUCACUUAAACCAAGCUUUUCUCACGUGGUCACUUUGUGUUCCUCAUUUCCUGGGUGCCUGACUUGAGACCCUGGGUCUGACUUGCAGAAGCGCUGAGCAGUCUCACUGAAAAUGAAGUCAGUGGGAGCUGUGCUUUGAGCAUAUGAAGUGGUACAUAAUGAGAGACGGUUGGAAAAGUCCGAUACAGGAUGUCUCAAAUUGGGCAGUAGUAGGUACUUUGGGCCUGAAAUCUCUGUUCUUAAGUUUCCCAGCUAUAAAAUGGGGAUGAUAACCCCUCCUCUCAGAGGAGUAUUGUUAACAUAGAUUAAAGGUUAUGGAGUGCUCCGAUAUUACACUGUUGAGAACCAUAAUAAAACCCAUGAGGAAAUUAGUAAUUCUGUCUUUAGGGCAGGAUUUGACUAGUGCUCAGUGCAUAAGGCCUGAGCUACAUAUUGAGCAAUGAGGAUAAAAUAAAAUAUUGAACAGCUCAGUGGCCAUUAUCUAUACUAUGCACUGGAGGAAGCAAGCCUGUGGAAAACAUAGUAUGUGAUCGUGUCAUUAAAAACUAUCAUGCAUAUGCACGAGGGAGCUACACUAAGUUUUCAUGGGCAACCUUAAUUCUGGCACUUCCUGUUUUUUGAGUGCUUGACUUAGCGACCAUAAUAAUGGGGUAUUUACCAUAGUUUUUGUUUGUGUAAUUGGAAUAUAGGGUAAGUUGCUGGCUCUUACUUGUCUUUUUGGCUGCAGAUAGCUGCAUAACCAAUAAACCGUGAAGACUUUUUGCAACUACAGUGCAACAAAAUUCACAGGGUGACUCUAAUCCUAUACUCGGCAUCCAUGUCACUUUGAAUACAGUGGUUCAGUUUCUCUGAAGUACUUUGAUAGUUGUAGAGAAGGUUUUAGGUACAAAUUUUACCUCUAGAUUAAACAGUUGUUCAUAUGUCAUAAAGCCAGAAUGGACGAUGGUGAUCAUCUAGUCUGAUAUCCUGUAUAACACAGAACUCCUUUGCAUUAAUACCUGUUUGAACUACAGCAGAUGUUCCCGAACUGUGACAUGUAUACUAGUGGUACAUGAGCUUGUUGGAAGAGGCAUGUUACUCUAGGAUAGACUUCCAUAGGAGGUUAUGGAAUCCCCAUCACUGGAGAUUUUUAAGAACAGGUUGGACAAAUGGCUGCCAGGGAAGGUCUAGGUUUACUUGGUCGUGCUCAGCUUAGGGGGUUGGGCUAGAUGACUUUUCAAGGUCCCUUCCAGCCCUACAUUUCUAGGAUUCUGUGCUGUAACAGAGUGGUCUGUUCCCUUGAAGGCGUAGUGGGGCUUGGGGCCAGCCAGUCCCUGUUACAUUACACGGCCUUUUUAAGGAAUCAGGUAUUCAAGGGAGCAGCAGACUAGUGGAGAAAGGUAGCUAUCUCCUUAUCAUGAUGAAACCCAGCUGAUAAGUGACUUCUAGGAAGAUUAAAAGGAAGAGGGCAGACAGCCUGGAGAGGAGAACUGCAAGGGAGCAUCAAGUCUGGAGUAAAACUUCCUGGUGAGGGUAACAAAAGCAGCAGGAACACUGGUGGGUUGAGGAAGCCUGCCUCCAUCAAACCGACCGCAAGAAGAAGGGUGGUAGCAGCCUGAUGCCCAGGUAAAGCCCCUCACUCCCAGCCAAGACUCCCCACACCUCUAUGCCCCUUUCCCUGAGUCACACACAACCACCAGAGUCUUCCCUGCCCCUUCUCUUUCUCUAGACCCCACCCCCAAAAAGCCCCCUUGCUCUCCAUCCAGAAUCCUGUCUCUCAACCUAACCUCAUUAGAGCUGUAUAGAAAAUUGUUCUCCCGUUGUGUGAAACUUUGUGAUGUCAAAAAUUUUUCAUUCUGCAUCAGGAUGAAACCGAGAACUUUCAAAGCUGUUCAUGAAAAAUCAGUGAGUGCGCAAGAGAGGUAGAGAUCCAUCCAAUCCAGAGUAGCCAAUAGCCUGGGCGCUCCUCCGAAUCAGGCAGAGCAGAGUGAAUGGUCUCCCACACUACAGGUGUGUGCUCUGACUACCAGGCUGGUCUGAGGUGGGUUUCUUUCUCUCUGGUCUUGACCAUAAAUUCCAUCUUAGACCCGAGAAAUCUUUUGUGAUGAAAUUUUCAUCAAAACAGGUAGGUUCCUGCAAAAUUUCAGUGUUGACAAAUAGACAUUUUCCAGUCAUCUCUAACCCUCAUGUCCACCAACCCUCCCACCCAGUCUCUCCCAGCCAAACUCUCUUCACCUGUGAUUUCCUCCAGACAGAUCUCCACCAACCGAAUUCAAAACCUUUUUUAUUAUAAGUUCAUAAAUACUUAAGCUAAACCUACUAAGGCCUAAAAAUGCACAAGAUGGAGAAAUUUGCAUGUGGUACUUCAAACAUCCUCUUUUACAAAUAUUGUAUGUGAACCAAUAAAAUUUGGGAACCACUGAACUACAGUAUAUCUUUUAGAGAAUCAUCCAAUCUUGAUAUGAAAAUUUCUUGUGAUGGAGAAUCCACCAAAAGCCUUGGUAAGUUGUUCCAUUGGUUAAUUACCUUUACUAUCCAAAAUAUCUGCCUUAUUUCUAGUCUCAGUUUGUCUAGCUUCAGUUUUCUGCUAUUGCACCUUGUGCCUUUGUUUGCUACACUGAAGAGCCCUCUAUUAUCAAAUUCUGUUCUCCAUGUAGGUAGGCGCAGACUGUAAUCAAGCCACGCCUUAAGAUUAUUCUUUUCCACUGUUUCCUUGCCAUAUGCCCUAUUCCAUAAUUUAAAUCCCUUCAUUACUGUCUCAUUCACCAUUUGUACUUCAACCAGUUUAGAGUUUUCUGGUUGCCUCCAUCUGUCAGAUUUGAUAUAACUUUUCUAAGCUAAUUACAAUACAGCGCCUCUGCAGCAUCUGCUAAGAUGAGGGUGGGAUGGCGUAUAGUUCAUCAUGCCUUCCCAACUCAUUUAUGGUAGAACGUUUGGUUAUUCAAGAGACACCAUGGUCCAGUGGCUAGUGCACUAGACUGGGCAUGUGAAGAGCUGUGUUCUGUUCAUAACUCUACCCUCUGUUCGCUAUGUGAUCAUGGGCAGGUCAGUUAACCUCUCUGGUGCCUCCAUAAAAUGGGGAUAAUGAUACUUGCUCUCCUCUGUAAUGUCAGAGAUCUUGGAAUGAAGAGCUCUAUGUAAGUGUUAGGAAUUAUUAUUUGGGGGGAAUAAAUUUAAACUGGAAAGUGAAACAUUCAGGAAGCUUUCCAGAAUCUGGAAAUGUCAAAGAAUUUUACUGUAGAAAUAUCUGGUGCAAAAUACAAUUAGGGCCAGAUGCUGAGAGAUGCUGAGCAUCUGCAACUUCCACUGACUUAUGUGCAAUCUGCACAUGUUCUGCUCCUUUCAGGAUUUGUUCCUCUGUGAGGGGAUUCUAGAUUCGUAGAGUUUAAGUCCAGAAAGGACCUAAUGUGACCUGCACAUCACCCCCACCCAAUUACUCCUGUACUGAGCCGAAUAUCCUGGAUUAGACAAAAGCAUUACAUUUCUUGUCUAGAAGGGUUUGUAGGAUAAGUAUAAAAUUAAAGAAUUAAAGUUAGCUUAAGUUUGGUUAAGGAAAUGUGUGUGUUGUAAAGAAAGGCCCUGAAUUGCAAGUAGAGGGAAAGCCUUGAAAGUAAUGUUAGAAGGCCAGAAGGAAUGAAGUAGGGAGGAUGUCUGGCUCAGAGAAUAACUAAUGAGAUAAGAGGAAGUUUCUAAAAAGAAGGCCUGUGACCAAUAGGGAUGGCUGACUGCAAAUGGUUUUAAAUCAAGCAAAGAGAAUGUGUCUUAAAAUGAGCCAACAUGGCUCUUUGCUACCCACACACCAGUGUUAAAGCUUGUGUGAACCCAGGUGCAAUGGGAAAACUGUUGGACAGAAAGAAAGAGGGGGAGGAAAGGCCUUGGGAAGAAAAGAAGUUGUAAAUCUUCUCCUGAUUAAGACUGGAAAUAAGGGUGAAUUGUCUCAAAUUGUUUUUUAGCUGACAAUAAUUGGCAAUGAUCACUUGUUGGUUAAAGGGUAUAAAAAGUAGAUUUUUAAAGAGUUUGUUGAUAAUACCUGCCUGACCACGCUGGAGCUGACCAAUAAGCACCCCUUGGUUUAGCCUAUUUCAAAUUCCAUGAAAAAGCCCUCUCAUAAUGAAAGAAUGAAACAGAAAGAAGAUGACAUAAAGCUGCCAGAGGAGUCAAAGGGUGAAAUGCACCAGGCUGAGAAAGCAAAGGAGGAAGACAAGAUGGAAAAGAAGGUUGUGCACAGAAAGCUGUUUCCAGAUUCACAUCUGUUCAAGCGCUGGGGUGCAGAUUUAACAGAAGAGCAACAAACCACAGCUCAGGAUCUAUUCACUAAAUAUGGAUAUAAUGUUUAUCUCAGUGACCGUCUGCCCCUGGAUCGGCCUAUUCCAGACACCAGAUAUCCCAGCUGUAAAGUGAAAAAAUAUCCCCACGACCUCCCGACACUUAGUGUCGUUCUCAUAUUCUUCAAUGAGGCAAUGUCGAUCAUCUUACGUGCAAUUACCAGUAUAAUUAACCGAACGCCUUCUCAUUUGCUGAAAGAAAUUGUCCUGGUAGAUGAUUACAGCUCAAAUGAGGAUCUAAAAGGCUAUUUGGAUGAACAGAUAAAAAAUUAUAAUGCAAAACAUCCUGGAUUGCUAAAAAUUGUGAGGCAUCAGAAGAGAGAAGGCCUAACACAAGCUCGGAUUUCUGGCUGGGAAGCGUCUACUGCCGAUGUUGUCGCAAUCUUGGAUGCCCAUAUUGAAGUGAAUGUUGGCUGGGCUGAACCUAUUCUGUCUCGAAUCAAGGAAGAUCGUACUGUUAUAAUAUCACCAGUAUUUGACAAUAUUCGCUUUGAUGACUUUGAACUUCUUGAAUAUGCUGUGUUUGCAGAUGGAUUUGACUGGGCACUAUGGUGCCUCUAUGAACCAUUACCAAAAGAAUGGUAUGCGCUCAAAGAUGAAACGGCUCCAAUCCGGAGUCCUUCUAUUAUGGGGAUACUUGCUGCACAUAGAGUUUUUCUGGGUGAGAUUGGGGUACUGGAUGGCGGAAUGCAUAUAUACGGAGGGGAAAAUGUGGAACUUGGCCUGCGGGUUUGGCAGUGUGGGGGUCAGAUAGAAGUUUUGCCCUGUGCAAGAGUUGCUCACCUGGAAAGAGCGCACAAACCCUACGUGCUGGACUUGAGCAUUGCUAUGAGACGCAACGCCCUGAGGGUGGCCGAAGUGUGGAUGGACGACUAUAAAUACAUGGUUUAUUUCGCAUGGAAUCUUCCUAUUGAGAAUCCUGGAAUAGACUAUGGAGAUGUUUCUUCCAGAAAGGAGCUAAGAAAGAAACUGAACUGUAAAAGCUUUGACUGGUACAUAAAGAACAUUUAUCCUAAUUUAAUACCUUUGACCACUGUUGUUGUCUACGGAACAAUGAAAAACACGCUGAAUGAGAACAUCUGCGUAGAUCAAGGCCCUGUCCCUGGAAACACUCCAAUAAUGUAUGACUGUCAUGCUUACUCAUCACAGCACGUGUUUUAUCUCAGCACUGGAGAAAUGUAUAUAGGAGGCCUACGAUCUCGACAGAAUGCAGUAGAUCGGUGCCUAACUGACCCUGGCACAGGAGACCUGCCAUUUAUAGAGCAAUGUAAUGAGGCUGUGAAAAAGGGACUGAACAUGCAUUGGGAUUUUAAGCAGGGAUCAUCCGUGAUGAACAAGAAAACUAAGAGAUGCCUUGAAAUUGUAAUGGACAAUCCGUCUUCGCCUUACAGACUUGUAAUGCAGAACUGCACUGGACAAAAAUGGAAUGUUCAACACACAGUUAAAGAUUGGGGCAAGAGAAGUGCUCUGAGAUAGCUUAUUUAUCUCAACCAACAGAUGACUUGGCAUUGACUCUAGGAAGCAGGGAAAUUGGGAUCACCAGGAAAACAUAUUCUUCAGAGGUUUCCAAAGAAGAGCAAGACUUCUGUUGCUAGGACAUUACACGAUAGAGAUUAUCUCAGGUAGAGACUAUAACAUUUUGGGGAGCACAUUAUUAGUAUGGAGGAAUGUAUGCUCUGAAUUAUGGGAGGAUAUGGGCACAUAAACAGGAGGAUGACGGACACAUGUACCAUAGGUAGUUAUCAUUGUGUGUAUUUAAGUUGGCAGUCAGUGAGGACAAACUGGAACCGAAGACUGGAUGAGAGAAAAUUGAUCUUGUGUAGACCACUCGAGCGGGAGCUUGAAGAUUCUGUGGUAGAAGGGAAACUAAGGAAAUGCAAACAGAGAUGUUAUAAAGCAGGGGUUCUCACACUGGGGGUUGCAAGGUUAUUAUAUGGGGGGGUCGCAAGCUGUCAGCCUUCACCACAAACCCUGCUUUGCAUCCAGCAUUUAUAAUGUU